UCUUAAUAUUUGUGGUUUGACAACAUACUUUGAGGUUAUGUUGUGACAUUUUACAAUGUAAAUAAGAAAUCAUGUUGAAAAAUUAGAAAUAUUCUAUUUCACUCGUAAUUAUAGUUAUUUGAAAACUGUACUAGGAUAAUGUUUCAAGAUAAUUAAAUUAAUAAACAUGGCGUCAGCAACAGAUAGUUCAGUAUUAUCAUUGUUACCAAAAUAUCUGUUUUGAUAAGAAUGGCUUCGUGGAGUACCUACUUGCAGGGGUUUUUUUACAUUGCUUUACUAUUUUUUGUCAUCCCUAUAAGAAUAAAAGGUCCUGAUCAAGCGGAAGACCAAUUUCAGGAAUACUUGAAAAAAUUUAACAAGACAUAUGAUGACCCCAUUGUGUAUCAAAACCGAUUUCAAGCAUUCAAGAAGUCACUAGAAACAAUCGAGACUUUGAAUACCAAAAAAAGGAAUGGUUCAGCAAUGUAUGGUUUAACAAAAUUCUCAGACCUGUUACCAGAGGAAUUUUUUGAAACUUAUUUACAAUCAAAUUUGAGUCAGAAGACGCAUUCAAAUCAGCCAAAACGACACCGCCACAAACGUGCCUCAGUCCCAAACAAAGUAGAUUGGAGAGAAAAAAAUGCAGUGACAAAAAUUUACAACCAAGGGAAUUGUGGGGCCUGUUGGGCUUACUCCGUCAUUGAAACGGUGGAGUCCAUGAACGCGAUCAAAACCAACAAAUCGGAAGAACUCAGUGUGCAGGAGAUCAUUGAUUGCGCUGGGAAUAAUAAAGGGUGCAAUGGAGGAGAUAUUUGUACUUUACUGUCUUGGAUCAAAAACACAAAUUUUACAAUUCAAAGACAUGCCGACUAUUCGGGUAAAUGUAGACGUGGCUCAACUGGUGUCCAAAUUCGAGACUUCAUGUGUGAAGGACUAGUGGGGUCUGAAGAUGUCAUGUUGAAGCUUUUGGCAGAUAAUGGACCUUUGGCUGUGGCGAUUAAUGCGCAAACUUGGCAAAAUUACAUUGGAGGUGUCAUUGAGUAUCACUGUGAUGGAGAUCCAUCAAAGCUAAAUCAUGCCGUCCAGAUUGUUGGGUAUGAUUUGACUGCAAAUAUUCCACAUUACAUUGUGCGGAAUACAUGGGGAGAAGAUUUCGGAGAUAGGGGAUUUUUGUAUGUAGCUGUCAAUAAAAAUAUGUGUGGGAUUGCAAAUGAGGUCUCCGCAUUAAGAAUACUGUGAUUUAGGUAUCAUUUUAUGUAGAGAAUGUAUAGGUUUUAUAUUCGAAAUGUGAUUAAAUGUUUUUUUAUUA